AUGACAUCCUAUUUUCAUUCCAUGGUGGCAAUAAUAGCUGCUCCAUUCGACUGCCAACCACCAUCAUUACAACCUUGUCAUCAAACCAUUCCUAUUGAUGAUCAUAAUCAUUUGAAUCCUUGUUUCGAUCUAUUGAAUGCUCAACAUUUGUUUCAAACGAACAACAACCACAACGCACAACAUUCCAAACACUUCUUAUUUCUCAAUCGGGAUAUAUUGAGUGAAAUCUUUUCAUUUCUUCCCAUGUCAAUGGUUUGGAGUCAAUUAAGAUUUGUUUCUCGAGAAUGGUCGGAGACAAGUAUUCGAACAAGAAGUUGUAUUGAUUUUGAUCAAUGUAGUGUGGAGGAGUUUCUCGUGACGAAUUGUGGCGUGAAAGAUUCUCAGUUGAAACAAGCUUGGGAGUAUUUAUUUGCUUACAUUUUGAGAAAUUGUCGAAAUUUGAAACGAUUUUGUAUCAAGUUGAGAGAGGAACGAGAAUUCUUUAAUAAUUCACAUUUGAAAAUGUUGGCUCAAAGACAUGGAAGGACUUUACAAGAAUUAGAAUUGACGAAUUGUGUCAAUAUUACAGAGAAUUUGGGUUUUGACAAAACCUUUAGAAAAUAUUUUGUGAAUUUAAGGAAACUCAGUGUGAUUGGAAAUCGAUUUAUUCAUCAUUCCGUUUUGAGACAUCUCACCAAAUUAGAAUCACUUCGAAUUGAAAAGUGUGACAAGUUUUAUCGAUCGGGAGAUUGCUCUCGUUCCUUCUCUCAAUCCUUAAUGUACUUUAAAACUGACAAGUGCUCACCAAAGCACAUCUCUCAUUUAAGGAACUUGAAAUUAUUGGAUUUGUCUGAGGGAUCCAUUGAAUCACAAAAUUUUAGAAAUUUGAGUGACCUCUCUACCGAUCACAUGCCAGAUUUAACUGCGAUCGAAACAGUUAAACUAGACCCUUAUGAAGUAGAACAUCUCUUGUCCAACAAUAUGAAGUGUAAGGUGUUGCUAAUUGUGGAGAAGAGAUGUCGUUUUCCAUUGGCAUGCAUGGAAAGUCUUCUUCAAAUUUAUUCGACUGUGAAAAUUAGUCUUCCAUCUUCCAUGACUCUCUUUUUAACUCAAAUACUGUCACUUUUAUCAAAAGCAAAUGUCACACAUUUGGAUGAUGACGAUCGAGAUCGAGUUCAGCGAUUGAAAUGUGCUUUUUCAUCCAUGUUAGAAAAUGUGCAUCAUGAAGAAAAUAACUUGUCACCAAUGACAGCAACGUCGAAUUUUAAGUAUUGGAAUAUUGAUAACUUUUUUGUUUAUCAUGAAUUGUUGAGAUGUCUUCCUUUUAGUGUGAGAGAACAAUUUUAUAUUGAAUUUGUGGAGAGAGAACGACAAGAAGAAGCAAGAGAGAUUAAAUUUCGAAUGCUCAAGUAA